CAAAAAUACAGACGCAUCAACGGUGAGGCUGAAAUAAUCCGAAAAAAAGUCACAAAGGAGCUGUGUGAGAGGCAUCUAGUUGUUUUAGUUUCCACAAUGGCAGAAGGAGGAGAUGUUGAAUGGGAGCUGAGCAAAGAGAACAUUCAGCCACUGAGGCGAGGAAGAGACAUAUCAGCCUUACACCAGGCGCUCAGUUUACAACAAGAUGGGUUCAGCUCUACCAUCAACCAACAGAGACAGGCCUUUGAGUCUGAACUGCGAAUGUACGAUGGAGAUGAUCCACUUGAUGUUUGGGAUCGGUAUAUAAAAUGGACAGAGCAGACCAUCCCACAGGGAGGAAAGGAGAGCAACCUUUCCACACUAUUGGAACAAGUUGUGACCAGAUUCACAGACGAAAAGAAAUAUCACAACGACCCUCGCUACGUUGACCUCUGUAUCAAAUUUGCAGAGAACUGCCCGGAGCCUCUGGAUAUUUACAGGUACAUGCAAGCUCAGGGAAUAGGGGUGACACAGGCAUCCUUAUACAUCGCCUGGUCCGAGGAAUAUGAGAAUCAGGGCAACUGUCGCAAAGCGGACCUCGUCUACCAGGAAGGAUUCAAGAAGUGCGCUGAGCCGCAUGAUAAACUCCUGCAGUUUCACAAGGCUCUGCAAGCACGUGUGUCCCGACAGGUGAUGAUGGAUGUAGAGGAGGAUGACAGCGAUGAUGAGCCCAAACAAAAGGAGAGAAUUUCUCUCGCUGACCUCAGACACAGAGGGAAGAAAAAGGCCAUUGCUCCUAUCAUCAGAACUGGGCCUGCAAUAAGAAGUAUCUCUGGAGGCCUGCAGCCACGAAGCGCCCCUGUCCUGGGCAAUGCUACAAACAGUCGGUUGGUCGUCUUUGACGAGAACAAGGCUGAAAGUGCUGGUCCUUCAGAGCCUAUAUUUGAGUCUUGGUCAGCUCCUCCUACUGCAAGGGCAAAGGAGAAUGAGCGUAGGCCUGAAAAAUGGUGUGAUGUCAAGAUGCCCCAGAAGUCCAAAUUCGGACAUACUGUCAUGGCCCCACCACCUGUAAAACCUACCUUUCAACCAUUUGUUGAGGAAUCAGACCAGCCUCCUACAAUGACUCCGUGUAAGAUCAACCCUGCAGUGAACACAGUUUUAUCCACGCGCAAGCUCUGCCGAGAGGAAACUCCACUGAAGAGACUACAAGAGCACAAUCAGCAACAGAAGGAGGCAGAAUCAGGAAAACUACAAGAACAGAGCAUGUACUGUAAAGAGCUGCUGCUCAGCGGCGCCACCGAGUUUUGCUUUGAGGAACUUCGUGCUGAACGAUUUUUCAAAAGGAUGGCACAGGAAUCACAGGAGGUCAGAGGGCAUGAGGGUCAAGCUAGUACCAGUGAUGCAAACUGAUGCAUCUGUUAAGACUAAAGUACUGACUGCUCUUUUUUUAUGGUUUUUCAACUUUGUUUUGACAAGACCUUAUUUGAAGUAUCAUGUGAUUACUGAUGUAUAUCGUUUGUUAUCUUGC